AGAGCAGUAGGUGGGAGUGGAGUCUGACUGCAGAGGGUCUUCUGUUUCAGAGAAAAGGGAGUUCUCUCAUUCACUCUCUCUCUCUCUCCCUCUCUGUCUGUCUGUCUCUCUCUCCUCACUGGCUGCAGCACAUCAGCCGGCUCUCUAGGUAGACGAGAGUAAACACUCAUAGAGAACAGAGAAAAGAUGACAGAGCUGUCAGCGCUCUGAGAGCCACGGAGCGGUGGGAACAUUUUCUCUUGACUGGCUGAGGAGGCUUUCUGCUUCCAUUUUCCCCCGUCAGCUGAGAGGCUGUGAGCGUUUUCUGCGAGAUCUAAAAGCAGAGCACAACCCUUUUACACUCAGUUGCUACCUUCUCUGAGGCUGCAGUCUACAGGUGUCACCAUGGGAACGAAUGGUUUCCUCUUGAGCUGGCUCACCACAGCCGUACUAAUCCAACUCUCCACCGCCGGCCUGGUCAUCCGCCACCGGAGGGAGACCCUGAUGCCCAAGAAAACCCAAGAGAACCUGACUCUCCCCCAUCCCGACCAGCCUGUGGUGUUCAACCACGUCUACAACAUCAACGUCCCCUCCACCUCCCUCUGCACGGUGGACCUCGACUCGUCUGGAGGGGGCGGUGUCAAGCACAAGAGCGCCUCGAUGGACAUGCAGAGCACCGAACACAUGGAGCACACGGUCGAUGGCGACAACCAGAUUGUUUUCACUCACCGUAUCAACAUCCCCAAACAAGCCUGUGGCUGUGACAACCAGCUGCCGGACAUCAAAGACAUCCUGAACAGACUGGAGAUGUUGGAGUCUGAGCUGUCUAGUCUGAGGGAGCAGUGCACCAGUGGAGCCGGCUGUUGUGGAGCUCAGGCUACAGGAGAGGUGUCCACAAAGCCAUUCUGUAACGGACGUGGAAACUGGAGCACGGAGACCUGCAGCUGCUCCUGCGAACCAGGAUGGAAGGGCCCCAACUGCACGGAGCCAGAGUGCCCCAAUGACUGCCAGGACCAGGGUCGCUGUGUGGAUGGGAGAUGUGAAUGCUUUGAGGGUUUCGGCGGGGAUGACUGUGGUGUUGAGCUCUGCCUGCUGGACUGUGGCGACUACGGCCACUGUGUUGAAGGGUCCUGUCUUUGUGAAGAAGGCUUCAUUGGCGAAGACUGUUCUCAGACGAACUGCCUUAACAACUGCCUGGGUCGUGGUCGCUGUGUCGACGACGAAUGCGUUUGUGAUGAGCCAUGGACGGGCUUUGACUGCUCUGAGCUCAUCUGUCCUAACGACUGCUUCGACCGAGGACGCUGCAUCAACGGAACCUGCGAAUGUGAAGAGGGGUUCACUGGAGAUGACUGUGGAGAGCUCAGCUGUCGUGAAAACUGCAGCAAACAUGGCGUGUGUGUGAACGGCCAAUGUAAGUGUCAGAUAAACUACGGUGGAGAGGACUGCUCAAAGCUUCUCUGUCCCCAAAACUGCAAUGAGAGAGGCCAUUGCUUUAAGGGGAAGUGCAUAUGUGAUCCUGGCUUUGAAGGUGACGAUUGCUCAGUUCUCUCAUGCCUUGACAACUGUAGCAACAGGGGUCAGUGCAUUAACGGAGAAUGCGUUUGCGACAUAGGAUACGAAGGGGAAGACUGCAGUGAGCUCUCCUGCCCCAACAACUGCCAAGAACAGGGCCGCUGUGUCGAUGGGCAGUGCAUAUGUAAGAAAGGCUUUGCAGGUGAAGACUGCAGUAUCAAGACAUGUCCCAAAGAAUGCCAUGGAAGAGGGGAUUGCGUAGACGGAAAGUGUGUGUGUUUUGUGGGUUUUACGGGAAAAGACUGCAGCGAACUGACCUGCCCGAAUGACUGCUUGGACCGCGGUCAUUGUGUGGACGGCCAGUGUGUUUGCCACCAGGGUUUCACUGGUGAGGACUGCAGUGAGAAGACAUGCCCCAAGAACUGCCACAACAGAGGCCGCUGUGUAGACGGUCAGUGUGUUUGCCACCAGGGUUUCACAGGCGAAGACUGCCAUGAAAAGACAUGCCCUGAGAACUGCCACGACAGGGGGCGCUGUGUGGACGGCCAGUGCGUUUGUCAGGAAGGGUUCACAGGCGAAGACUGCAGUGAGAAGACGUGCCCGAAGAACUGUCAUGACAGAGGCCGCUGUGUAGAUGGCCAGUGUGUUUGUCAGGAAGGUUUCACAGGCGAAGACUGCAGUGAGAAGACGUGCCCGAAGAACUGUCAUGACAGAGGCCGCUGUGUAGACGGCCAGUGUGUUUGUCACCAGGGUUUUGUUGGCGAAGACUGCAGUGAGAAGACGUGCCCUAAGAACUGCCUAGAGAGAGGUCACUGCAGAGACGGUGUCUGUGUAUGUUAUGAAGGUUUCACAGGGCUGGACUGCUCUGCGCUGAGCUGUCCAGAAGACUGCCACCACCAGGGGCGCUGUGAAAAUGGAGUAUGCAUCUGUGACGAAGGCUUCAUGGGAGAGGACUGCUCUGAAGUCUCGCCACCCAAGGACCUCACUGUUGUGGAGGUGACUCCUGAGACAGUGGAUCUAUCCUGGGAGAAUGAGAUGCGAGUGACAGAGUACCUGAUCACCUACGUGCCCACGGCCCCUGGCGGUCUGGAGCUCGACAUGCGGGUGCCUGGGGACCAGAAGGAGGCCACCAUUCAGGAGCUUGAGCCUGGUGUGGAGUACCUGAUCAGCGUCUUUGCUGUACUCAGCAACAAGAAGAGCGUUCCUGUCAGCGCUCGCGUGGCAACACAUCUCCCUGAGCCCGAGGGUCUUAAGUUUAAGUCAGUUCGAGAGACGUCAGUGGAAGUGCAGUGGGACCCCCUGGAUAUCCCAUUUGAUGGAUGGAACCUCAUCUUCAGAAACACAAAAGAGGAGGAUGGUGAGAUUCUCAACUCCCUCGGCCGGCCGGAGACCACCUUCGAGCAGUCGGGUCUGGGUCCAGGCCAGGAGUACGAGGUCAAACUGGAGGUGGUGAAGAACAAAAAGCGUGGGCCGCCUGCUUCGAAGAGCAUCGUCACAAUGAUCGACGCCCCCGGCCAGGUGGAUGUGCGAGACGUGACGGACACCACGGCACUGGUCACCUGGUUCCAUCCUGUGGCCCACGUGGACGGGGUCAGCGUCUCAUUCGGGCCCAGCCUGAACCCAGCGGAUCGCAACAUGGUGGAGCUGUCAUCUGCUGACACCCAGUACCACCUGGCUGGCCUCAGCCCUGAUACGCAGUACGAGGUGUCUCUGACGGCAAAGAGAGGGGAGCAGAGCAGCAUACCUGUGUAUGACUCCUUCCUCACAGACCUGGAUGCUCCCAGAGACCUUCAGACGGUGGAAAUAACAGAUGAGAGCAUCACUCUGGAGUGGAGGAACAGUAAGGCUCAGGUGGACCAGUACCGCAUCAAGUACGGCCCGCUGUCUGGAGGCGACCAUGGAGAACUGCUCUUCCCGCCCGGAGCCAGGGACUCCACCCAGGCCAAAAUCGCCGGCCUGAGACCGGGGACAGAGUACGGGAUGGGAGUAACCGCGGUGACAGAUGAGCGGGAAAGUCUGCCCACCACCACCAACGCAGUCACAGCCCUGGACGCCCCCAGAGACCUGACUGUAGCAGAGGUGACAGAGACCACCAUGAUGCUGGAGUGGAAGCGGCCACUGGCCAAGCUAGACUCCUACCGGCUGGUCUACGUGUCGGCUGACGGUCAGAGGGCUGAAGACUCGGUCCCCGGCGGCUCAGAGUCUCACACCCUGCGGGGCCUGAACCCCGGCAUGAUGUACACCGUCAGCGUCACCGCCGAGAGGGGCCGCAGGAGCAGCGCGCCCGCCUCUGUCUCAGCUGCCACAGCGGAGGAGAAGCCGGCGGUGACCAACGUCACCGUCAGCGACGUGUCGUGGGAGAGCUUCCUCCUGUCCUGGUCUGCUGACGACGGGGCGCACGACGCCUUUCUGAUCGAGGUUACCGACGCGGAGACGGGAGCCGAGUGGCAGAACCACACGGCGCCCGCAGACGCUCGCAGCCUCGUCGUCUCGGGCCUCUCCCCCGGCACCUGGUACAAGGCCGCCCUGUACGGGGUUCACACCGGGGUGCGCUUAGAGCCUGUGUUUGCAGACACCAUCACAGAGACUGAACCGGAGGUGCAGGCUCUACAAGUCUCCAGCAUCACUCCAGAGAGUUUUGUGCUGGCCUGGACGGCCGAGGAGGAUGCCUUUGACACGUUUGUCCUGAUGCUCAGCGAGGCAGAAGACCCAGGCCAACCAAGAGAGGUGGUGCUGGGCGGCGAGGAGAGAAAUGUCACUAUGAGCGAUCUCACAGAGGACACAGAGUACACCGUUGAGAUCUUUGGGCUCAUUUUGGGAAGACGCUCCAAGUCUGUAAGAGAGGGGGUGAGAACAGACCUGGGCUCACCAAAGGGCAUCCGCUUCUCCGGAGUGACCGACACGUCGGCCACCGUUCACUGGCUGACUCCAAGAGCUCGGGUGGACAACUACCAGGUCACCUACAUGCCUGCCCAUGGAGGUGUUGCGAAGACGCUGACGGUGGACGGCUCGCAGUCGCUCACCCUGCUGCCCAACCUGACGCCUGGGGUCACCUAUGAGGUCACCAUCGUUGCCGUGAAGGAACAGAGGGAGAGUGAGCCUGGCUCUGACAGCGUCACCACAGCUCUGGAUAAGCCCCGUGGACUGACUGCAGUCAACAUCACAGACACUGAGGCCCUGCUGCUGUGGCAACCCGCCAUCGCAACUGUAGACGGUUAUGUCAUCACAUACAGCGCAGAUUCUGUGACUCCAGUGAUGGAGCGUGUGUCUGGAAACGUGGUGGAGUUUGAGAUGAGCUCGCUGAAGCCAGCUACGUUCUACACUGUGAAGGUCUACGCCGUGAGGGACUUGGCCAAGAGUGCAGCCACCACAACAGAGUUCACCACAGAUGUAGACGCUCCUCAGGACCUGGCAGCCACCAACAUCCAGACGGAGAGCGCCAUGCUCUCCUGGAAGCCUCCCCGGGCCGACAUCAGCGGCUACCUCCUCCACUUCGAGUCUGCUGUCGGGACCAUCCACGAGGUGGUCCUGAGCCCCACUGCUGUGUCGUACAACAUGGCCGACCUCAGCGCAUCGACAGAAUAUUCAGUGAAACUGGAAGCUCUCGCUGGUCCCAAGAGGAGCCAAGUCAUCUCUACCGUCUUCACCACUACCGGCGUGCUGUACAGACACCCCAGAGACUGCUCACAGGCCCUGCUGAACGGCGACGCCUCAUCAGGCAUGCACACUAUCUACCUGGGUGGAGACGAGAACCAACCGCUGCAGGUCUACUGCGACAUGAGCACCGACGGCGGCGGAUGGAUCGUUUUCCUGCGACGUCAGAGUGGCAGACUGGAGUUCUUCCGCAACUGGAAGAAUUACACGGCUGGUUUUGGUGACAUGAGCGAUGAGUUCUGGCUUGGUCUGUCCAACCUGCAUAAGAUCACAUCUGGAGGCCAGUACGAGCUGCGGGUCGACCUGAGAGACAAGGGAGAGAUGGCCUUCGCUCAGUACGACAAGUUCUCCGUCUCAGAACCUCGGACCCGCUACAAAGUCCAUGUGGGAGGAUACAGUGGCAAUGCAGGUGACUCUAUGACCUACCACCACGGCCGUCCGUUCUCCACCUACGACCACGACAACGACAUUGCCGUGACCAACUGUGCUCUGUCCUAUAAGGGGGCCUUUUGGUACAAAAACUGUCACCGGGUCAACCUGAUGGGUCGCUACGGAGACAACAGCCACAGCAAGGGCGUAAACUGGUUCCACUGGAAAGGCCACGAACACUCCAUCGAGUUCGCCGAGAUGAAGAUCCGUCCGUCCAACUUCAGAAAUCUGGAGGGAAGGAGGAAACGGUCUUAAAUGACCCGGAGAACACCGCCUCCACCACCACAACCAUCAUCAUCAACAACAAAACACUACUACAUCUGUGUGUGCCCCUCCACCUGUCCAACACGUUCUCCACACGCAACAAUCCUGCAGCAACCAAAGCCUUCAACAAGACCCCUCCAAACACAGCAUACCUCCCCACCCCAUUACCCACCCCACACAGGUCUGCCCGUUAAAGAUGGUUGUUAAUGCAAAAAAAAAUGCAUUUUAAUUUCCUUCCACAUAGCGUCUACUCCCACACCAAAGACAGUAACUCCACCUCAGCAGUUUCUAACCCACUCAGUCAUCCUGCUGCGUUAGCGGGGAGGUGCACCAACAACUCGGGCAUUACGAUGUGCAGAGUCAUCGACAACCGGCUCUCAUCACGCUCACGCAUCUGGAGUCUUACGCAACAGAACUGUAUGUUUACAUCACAGUUUGGGUGAUUCAUUCUGCUGCUUGUGUAAAACUGUUCACGUCUGAUUCACACAUCUGAAAACAGAUAUUUGUCGGACCACACAGAGCUUCACCUGACUCGACAUCUGUUUGUCUUCAUGUGACGUUAACUAAAUCAGUUUCAUUUCAUUCCUCCCAGAGAACCUGCUACCCCUCCCUGCCCCCAGCAGCCAAAAAAUAAAAAAUGAAAAAUGAAAACAAAAAAAACAAUCAUGAAAAAGGUCUCCUCCCAUUUCCUCAAGAAAGGCAACAACGGUUCUGCUCCUGACCUGGCCCCCUGCAGGCGGCACGCUGCAACUACAGUAUUCUGCUUGAAACUAGCUGAAGAACAGAGGAAGAAGUAGUUUUUUUUUCUAUCAUGAAUCUGAGGCAGGACCUAUCACUCAGUAUAUAAUGGCAAGCGGUGAUUACAUUUUUUUUUUGUUGUAUCUUUUUUGAAAAAUGUGAAUAUAGUACUUAUAUGUGGAUCAAGAGAAUGUUUUUGUGAUGCUUGAAACGUAAACAUUUUAAAAAGGCCAAUUUUAAUUAAAUUUCAGUGUUCAUAGUAAAGUCUCCAUGAUUCUUUUGGAUAUUAAAAAAAAAAAAAAAAAAGAUUAGUGUUUGGACCGGCCAAAACUAGUAAACUAGUUAAUCUUUGUACCCUUCCAGCGCCCCAAACCCCUCCUGCUUUUGCAGGAUACUAAACCACUGACCUUCUAAAGAAUGCCUGUGUAAAUUAAGUUUGUUUUGAUUGUUUCGUCUGUUUAGAACCGGGUGAACUACAGGUGUGUCUCUGUAAACUGUUAAAGAAUAAAACCGUCUGGUUGAAAGACAAAUUUGA